GUUACCACACAAGCUAGCAGAAGGAAUUAUCUCAGAACCAAUCAAGAUCCAGAAUGAAGUUCUGUGAUUAGUUAGAUCCUAAUUUAUUGUGAUAUAUGCUUAAAGUUAAAAACCUCGAGGAUGGCUGCUUCAGGAGGGAGAUUUUUAACUUCGUUAUUUUCGACCCUGAAAAUAAGUGUGGGGCCCAAUGUUUACUGUGGAUCAGUUAUGCAAACGCGAAAUUAUGCAGCAAGAAAGGGAACGAGAGAAAGAAAAUUAAAACUUAAGAAAAGAAACAUAGAGAUAAAGGCGAAGAAACUCGCUGCCAUGGGACCGAUGAUUAGAAAGAAAAAUUUAAGAUUAAAUCCACCUGAUAUUUUGAAGUAUCGUGAAUCAAAUGCACACCGCGUAUCUCCGGACGAUGUCUGGAUCUCCAGAUACUACAAUUGGAAGGUUUAUCCUUUCGAAGAAGCUGUACAAUGUCACCGGGAAGUCCUUCAUCCCACAAUGUACAAUGUUCCACAUGCAAUUAUCAAAGCGAAUAUUGAACUAAAUAUGGAGGGCUUAAAGAAGAAUAAGCCUAUUGGUUCUUUUCAUGACUUGGUUGCUGUUCCGCACAAGUUUGAACAGGGAGGAGAACAUAGAACGAUCCUGGCUUUUGCAAAGACUCCAGAACAACAGCAAGAAGCCCGUGAUGCCGGUGCAACUUUAGUGGCUGGGACUGAUAUAAUUAGGCUAAUCAGAAUCGGAGAAAUGUCCAUCGCAGAUUUUCAUGCCAUAGUUGCUCAUCCGAGUAUUCUCGCAGAUUUGUUGGGUGUCAAGGGUAUUAUGAAGAGGAAGUUUCCAACUUUGAAACUCGGCACUUUGGGAACUGAUUUAAAAACUAUGAUAUACAAGCACUUGCACGGUAUCAAGUAUAGCGCCACUCCCGAACUCAAUUAUCCAGUAUGUGGAUCAGCUGAAAUUCCCUUUGGAACGCUGGACAUGGAAAUAAAGCAGUUGGAGGAAAACUUUAAAGUCAUGAUUGAUAGUAUACAAUCCCAUAAACCGAAAAGGCCUGGUCCCUUUAUUGCGAGAAUUCGUCUAAAGUGUCUGCCGAAUAAGGAACAAUUUAAAAUAGAUCAUACAGCGUACAUAGAGGAAGAAGAACCAAUUUUGGAACAGGACGAUGACGAGGAUGAAGAUACAGUGGCAAAGGCCGAGAUUUAGGUAAUUUAAAAAAAAAUCUAUUGUGGCAGAAUAAGUUGAAGCUCUAUGCUGCAUUUUUUAAAUCUAAAUUGAUAAUAUAUUAGGUUUAAUAAAGUAAUUGAAAAUUA